GAAAAGACAGAAUUGUCAUUUUACUAAUUUGCAUGUACUACUAUACUCUCUUUUAGAGAAUUCUAGCCCUCAUCACUCCUAACUCCUAAUUAAGGUCCAUCCUCUCCAAAGCAGUUCCACUCUUGGCUCUCGAAUGGCGGAUCCUAAUUCGGGUCUCUUCUCUCUCUCUUGUCUACUAGUCACUACGCUAGCUCUUCUCCACUACCCCACCUCCUCCGUGGCUCAGACGCUCUUCGUCUUUGGCGACGGCUACUACGACGCCGGCAACAAGCAGUUCCUCUCCGGGAACCGUGUCGACGCCAAUUCUCCCCCGUACGGAAUAUCCGUAGGAGAAGCUACUGGACGGUGGUCCGAUGGCCGUAUCGUUCCAGACUAUCUCGCUGGAUUCAUGGGUAUCCCAAGAAUCCCACCGAUCCUUCGCAGCUCUGGGGAUUUCACUCACGGAGCUAGCUUCGCUAUCGCCGGUGCCACUGUCCUUGGUUCUGCUCUCGAGACGAAUGAUAUACAGAUGACUCUGUCUCAACAAGUCAAGAAAUUCUCGCAAAACAAGAACAAAUGGACUGAUAAAGCGCUGUCAGAAGCUAUCUACUUAACCUACAUUGGCUCUGAUGAUUACUUGAACUAUGCCAAGAAUAACCCAAAUCCCUCUCAUGAUCAAAAGCAAGCCUUUGUGGAUCAAGUCAUCACUUCCAUAGAGGCAGCAAUAAAGGCUGUUCACGAGGCGGGAGGGAGGAAGUUCGCCUUCCAAAACUUACCACCGUUAGGCUGCUUGCCCAUGGUUAAACAAGAGACAGGAAACAAUAAAGACUGUGUGAAGCUGCCUUCAGAAAUGGCAGCAUUGCAUAACAACAACUUAUCGAAGCUCAUAGAGAAACUGGCACUAGAUCUUGAGAGUUUCCAGUUCUCGUUCUACGAUUUCUUCAGCUCAAUCCAGAACAGAGUUUUAGAGCCCCACACUUACAUAUUCGGGACAGGAACAGCUGCUUGUUGCGGGACAGGGCCACUAAAGGGGACAGGCUGUGCAGCCAACAACGUGUGUGUCAAUCCAAAUGGGUACGUCUUCUUCGACGGUAAGUAUUUGACACAAAAAGCGAACUUUCAGGUAGCCGAUCUGAUGUGGAAUGCAAACCCUCAAGUCAUUGAACCGAACAAUCUCCGUGAGCUUCUCGUCUUUCCUCUCGACAUACCAUUCAUCUACAAUGUCAAAAGCCUUGACCAAGUUGGUAAAGAUGGCUCCUUUGUGAUAAAAUGAGAUCGUGUGUAAUUGAAAUAAUCAAAGGCCAAGGUUGUAUAUCUUGGCACUUCUUAAGAUAAUAUACUGUUAAUGUCGGGUUGGUGGGCAAUGUAACGAAAAUAAUAAAAUUUGACGAUGAUGUCGUGCUGUCAAAAUAUUGAAGAUGGUGACGUUGUGGAACUUCUA